AUGCCUGUGUCUAACCCAGAUGGAUACGAAUAUACUCAUACAAAUGAACGAUUCUGGCGCAAAACAAGUUCGAUUGAUCAAAACCUAAUAAGCUUCCUAUGUCGCGGAGUCGAUGGAAACCGGAACUACGAUAUCCACUGGGGUACCGUAGGAACUAGCGACCACAACUGCGCAGACAUUUACCCAGGAUCUAAGCCCUUCUCAGAAAUCGAGACAAGAGUCGUUCGGGACGUUCUUAAUGAGAACUUAAGCAGAAUGAUUUUGUAUAUGACACUUCAUAGUUACGGAAGCAUGAUUAUGUACCCUUGGGGUCAUGAUGGAAGUCUUUCAAACAAUGCUUUAGGUUUACAUACGGUAGGAAUCGCAAUGGCUGAUGCAAUUUACGCAAAGACCCUCCCAGUCUUUCCAAGAUACACAGUCGGCAAUUCCCUGCACGUAGUUGGUUAUGGCGCAUCUGGCGCUGCUGCAGACUAUGCCCAUUCUAUCGGAGUUCCUCUGACUUUCACUUAUGAGUUACCCGGUAUUGAACAUGAUUAUGAUGAUGAUGAAGAAGAAGAAGAAGAUGAUGAUUUUGCUAAUGAUGAUCACCUGAAGGGGUUCCAUCUUGACCCUCAAUACAUCAGGCCAGUUGCUGAGGAAACUUGGGAGGGAAUAUCUGUAUGUGCGAAGAGAGCAAGAGCAAUUGUGAGAAGUAAAUAA